AUGCCGCGAAUCCUCACACCAGUUUGGGUGUUACUGGCUGGAAUAACGUUGGGCGCCAGACCGGCCAACGUGGCUGCGGCAGCCAUCUGUGCCAACGGCCAUGCCAGGUGCCGCGUCCUCUCGCUGGCCAACCUGUUUGACAGAGUUAUACAGCACUCGGCCAGGAUGCACGGCAUCUCCAAUGACCUUCACGCUAAGUUUGAGCAGUACUUUGUGCCCAGUGGGAAUCACAUUGGAAGGAGCAGUCGGAACUGUCACACCUCCACCCUCCUCACCCCCAACGACAAGGAGAACGCUCAGCGAAUAGCGCGCGAGGAGCUAACUGAGGUGAUCCUGAAGCUCCUGGUGGCGUGGAGAGACCCCCUGUGGCAUUUCCACCGGACCACGGCGCACCAGCACAACCUGGCUAAUUUCAGCUCGGACAUGUCCCGCCGGAUGAGCGAUAUGGUGCAUGAGCUACGCAAAGGAGUCGAGAAAGUGGCCGAGAAGAUGCAGACGAUGGGGAUGAUGAGCAACUCCGUCAGCACGCUGUCGUCCGUGGAGGCACUCCUGCCCCCGGAAAGCGGCGAGUGGCGCCUGAUGAAAGACCACGAGCUCCUCUACUGCUUUCGCCGCGACUCGGACAAGAUCCAGAACUACUUGAAGAUCCUCAAGUGUCGCAUCGUACCAGAGCACGGCUGCUGAAGCAAAGAACAGAAGAAACAUUCGCUGAGUGGUUUUAAACGACACCGUUGAAAAUGUUUUUGCACGGGAUGUUUCGGAAGCACAAUAGUAAAAGACUGACAACCUUCAUUCUCCAUAUGAUAAGCACAGAUAAGGAUUGUUGUUUGCCUAUUUCUGUUUCAAUGCAUA